CGAAAAUUGACGGAAGCUUAAUGGUUAAGGCUUCUAUAAAUACUGCAAAAAGUAAUGGACUCAUGGGACAACCCUGUCUUGUUCCUCUUUCAAGAUCAAAUGAGUUUGAAAUGGAGCCAUUUAUUUUUAUUGUUGCCUUUGGAUUUUUAUACAGUGCCUGUAUGGUCCUAGUAAAGGUCUGAUGGAAUCCAUAUUUUUGUAGCACUCUCUACAGAAACUCCCAAUUUACAAGAUCGAAAGCCUUUUCGGCAUCUAGGCUCAAAAGUACGGCCUGGGUGUUAUUUCCUAUGAUAUAGUCAAUUACAUGUAAUGUUCUUCAAAUAUUAUCCUGGGUUUGUCUUUGCUUGAUGAAACCUAGGCUUAUAAUUUGGGGAAGAAUAUUUUCCAGUGUUUUUGCUAAAAUAUGCAUGAAUAUCUUGUAAUCUUGGUUCAAUACACUUAUUGGUCGAUUGCUCCCACAGUCGAGUCUAUCUUUUCCUUCUUUUGGUAUUAAAGAGAUCACAGCUUCCUUCCAUGAGGGCGGUGUCUCACCAGCUCCGAGAACAUGAUUGAAAGUCCUUCUCAAUACUGGGAUUAAGAGGUCCUUCAUCUCCUUGUACCACUCAGACGGAAAACCGUCUGGUCCUACUGUCUUGUUAGGUUUCAAAUUUGAAAUUGCUGUCUUAAUUUCUUCAUCUGAUAUUUCUUGGAUCAAAUUCUUAUUUUGGUCACCUCUCAUUUCAGGUAGCUUUAUAAGGUCAAGAAAAAUACCCAUUUUUAUUUUGUCUAUUUUUGGCUGUGUAUGUAAACUUUUGUAAUAUGUUUCAAAUGACUGUUGUAUUUCUGUUAAUUUAUGACAUAUGGAAUUUGUUUUAGGGUCCUUUACUUUAUGUAUUAUUCUGUCUGCUUCUUGUUUCUUUAAUUUAUAAGCCAAUAAUUUAGCUGAUCUCCCUCCAGCUUCGUAAUGUCUCUGUUUUAGAAAAAUAAGCUUUCUUUUUAUAUCGUUCGAAUAGAUUUCAUUUAAUUCAUUUUCUUCUUGUCCAUUUCAAUUUUUAUUCUUUGAUUUUGAGCCUUUUUAUGGAUAUUUUCUAAUUUUUUAGGUUUUAUUUGCAGCCUAUCCAAGUUUUCCUUGUUUUGCUUUUUCAAGUUGGAGCUAUCGCCAAUUAUCCUCCCCCUUAGAACAGCUUUUAAUGCAUCCCAUAGAAUUGGCGUGGACACCUCCCCGUUAUCAUUUUCUUCAAGAUAAUUUUAAUAUCUGUUCUUAUUUGAUCCCUCAUUUUGUUUAGAAUCCCAGUGUUUAGUCUCCAGAUUGUUCUCUUCUUGUCAGAAUCUAAUUGUAUAACAAUAUAAACUGGGCAGUGGUUUGAAAGAUCCAUGCAUCCAGUACUGCAACUAUGAACUCUACCCACAUCCUUUUGAAACAUGAUAAAGUAAUCGAGCCUUGAAUAUAUAGAGUGUGGAUGAGAGAAAAAAGUAAAAUCUUUCUUUGUUGGAUUCAAUUCUCUCCAUACGUCUAUGAGACCCAACUCUGCCAUCAUUAAUUUUACAUUUCUUGUAAUUUUUGUUUCCCCUGAAUAGCAAGGUCUAGUGGUGUCCAGCGAUGAAUUCAGUCUAAUGUUGAAGUCGCCACAACAGAUAAUUAUACCCUGUGCCUCGGAAAUAAUCAGUUCAAAUAUAUGUUUAUAAAAUCUCCAGUCUGAUCCUGGUGGGCAUAAACAUUUAAAAUGGUGACUAAAAACCCCAUCCAGGUGUCCCCGAAUAAGUACAAAUCUCCCAUCAGUAUCUUUCUUUUCAUAAGUGCACUCAAAAUUUAACUUACUGGUAAUUAGAACAGAUACACCUCUCCUAGGUCCCUGGUUAAAAGAAGAUGAAAACUCGUUAAACCCAAAUCUUUUAAAUUUUGUGUGUUCUAAUUCUGUCAGGUGAGUUUCCUGGAGAAGAGCUAUUUCUACUUUCUCUCGCUUUAAUUUGCCAAAAUUUUGCUUCUUUUAAUAGGAUUACCUAAACCAGGGGUCGGCAACCCAAAGCUCCGGAGCCGCAUGCGGCUCUUUCAUCCCUCUGUUGCAGCUCCCUGUAACUUUGGAAAAUAAAUAAUCAGCAGGCUAUUUAAUUAAAUUUUCUUUUACUUUAGAUUGUUAAUUUUUCGAAUGUAAUUCUAAAUUUGAAGAUUGUGGUGAUCUUGUAACAUCAAAAUAAAAUGUUUUAAAUUUUUGUCCGUGUAGGAUUUCUGAUAUGUUUUGAUAUAUGUUUGUAAGGGUCACGUCCAGCAUCCAGGCAGCAGGUCAGAGAGUCAGAGGAGUGUCAUCUUGGAAAAUAGGGCUGCGAAGUACCAGAGAAAUGUUAUUAGCUUAAAAUAAAUAGAUCAAGAGACUUUACAAGUUAAAUAGACAUUCGCAAAUUAUUGAUUUCCAGCUAACAUUACAUAACAUCAGAGGUCCAGAAGCAAAGAUGACAUAACCAAGUAAGAUAAAUAUUAGUGGUAGGACACAAUUUAAAAAAUAAAUCUAUCUAAUUAGAGGCUUUGAAAUUAAUUAAUCACAACUGAUUAACAAGGGCAUAGAGGUACAAAGCGAUAUACACAGUGUUUUCUUCAUUUUAAAUGCCUCGAACCUUAAUAACAUAAUGGAACGAAUGGCCAUGAAAUAAAAAAGAACAGUCUUGACUUCCAAAUGUAAGGCCUGUAAUAUGGCCUUAUGACUCUGGUGGAGUGAGAGUCUAGAGGGAAGGCCUCUUUGUCUCAAAAGAGGCCCCUCUCCAACCUCAAAGCUGACGCACAUGUCCAUCAAGUCCAGUAGAGGGUGUCCUGACAAUAGUUUUAACGUCUACAUGCCCAUAACUUUGUCUAUGAAUAAAACAAUUGUCACGUUGGGGAAAAAAAAAAAAAACAGAAACAAAAGCCUUUAGCAAAAUAUGUACAGUACUGAAGAAAAACAUGUUUCAAAGUAACUUGACAUGAUUCUAUCAAGGGGAAACCUCAGUUACUUAUCAGUGUCCUGUCGCCGGAAUGCCUGUAGCCACUCCUUGUAGCUUCGCGCUGUGUUUACGUUUUCCGUGUUUCCUCGUUUUCGGCUGGUUCGCCGAGACAUCUGGCUGAUUUGGUCCAACAGGGAAAUUGGCUUUUUCAGAACCGUCACCGGGAAGCCUCUCUCUUCCAUGUUCUCCGUGGCCUCCUGUGCAGAUCCAUAGACCACUGUGCCAUCCUGGUAGAACACUCUCAUUCUUGCCGGGUAGGGAGUUUGGAACUUUAUAUUUUUUUCCUUCAGCACAGCUUUUGCCUCCGCAUAUUCCCUCCGUUUCCUCAGCAACUCCGGUGUAUAAUCGUGGUCUAGUUGCACUCUUUUACCUUUGAAAUCAAAACCCCUCUUCUCCCAAGCUCUCCUGAUAAUGUCCUCCUUCAUCCUGAAGCUGGAGAAUUUGACCACGAGUGAUCUUGGAGGCACAUCUUUUGGAGGUAUCGAUGCAAGCGCCCUGUGUCUGUGCUCGAUAUUAAGCACCGUGGUGGAAGGGAGUUCCAGUCCAUUCAUUAAUAAGUCCUCCACAAAUGCUAUCACCGAUGACGAGUCGUUUUCAGCUCCUUCCAUUACUCCAUGUAUUCUGAUAUUUUCACGCCGUGUGCGCCCCUUCAGGUCUGUCAGCUUGGCCGCCGUUUGCUUAUGGAGCUUCACCAGCUCUGACAAAACAUCCUCCGCGGACUGGAUGCACUCCUCCAUGUAGCGUUGGUGCAUGUAAGGACGGAAGGCAGCAGUUGUAGUUGAAGCUGUUUAAUUCAGCAAUCUUGGUAACUCCAACACUUAGUUCUUUAUAAUGUAACAUAGCAGCAUGUCAACUUCCUGGAUUUCUUCUUCUACUCCGCAAUCUAGAAUCAAUACGUCUGGCUAUGUGAAAGCGCCAUCUAGGGGUGAAAGUAGCAACUACAUUAGACUGAACACAACAUCUCCUCUCUCUGUAAAAGGAUACAUUCUCCAUAAGAGUAACUAGAAAAGCACAAAUUAGAAUUUCUGAAUCUUUCAGCAGUAACAAAAUUUCUUUUUAGCUGUUCUUACUAACUUAAAUAUUGUAGAGCCUUGUUGGAGAAUCAACACAUACAGUUAACAUGAAACUGUUACAUAAGGUAAGUUAAACUUAUAGACAGCAUAUUAGAGGUGUUCUUCAAUGUAAUACAACACAUGACUAGUAAUACUAAAAGUGUAACUAGUUUUUCUCACUUUGUUAACUCAAACUGUAAAAUAAAGUUACCACUGAAUUUUCAGCAAUUAUAAAUUGCAAGUUACGGCAUAACAUAGUCCUUGUGCCAUUUGGGCUUGACCUUAACACGUUGUUUGUGAGAUGGAGUUUGAUUGACAGGUGUGUGUGAAAGUCCAGCCAUGUUGAAAUCUUGUCCUGUCACAGAGGGAACAUGGGCAAGGCGAGAAGCAUUCCAUGUCUUUCCGUCACUCAGCAAGAAGGAGUUGGGACUUACUUUCUCUGUCACAGUCAUGGGGAAUGUGAAUCUUGAGUGUGCUUUAGGAACAUGAAAUGGCUUCUUUAUCCUCACUUUUUCACCAGGUUGAAAGGAACGUUUGCGUGCACCCCGUUUUGCAUCAGCAUAAUGCUUCAUCUUCUCUUGACGUUUCAAGACUGUAUCACGAGCAGAGUCAUCUAAUGGAGACAUGGCAGGUGGAAGGGGAAGAAUGUCCAGUUUGGUUCGCAUUUUUCUGCCAUACAGGAGUUCAUAUGGUGAAGUGAAGGUUGUGGCAUGUAGUGUUGCACGGUACACACAGCAUCUUUCCAUGGUUGCGACUGUUGGAUUGCAGUUUGGAUGCAACUCCUGAGUGCACGGUGGAAUCUUUCAAUAGCAAUGUUUGCAGCAGGAUGAUAAACAGAUGUUCUGCUGUGGGUUAUCCCUCAGUUGUGCAAGAAGGAGGCAAAAGCAGCUGAGGUGAACUGUGGUCCAUUAUAUGAAAUAAUGCUCUCUGGGUUGCCAUGGUGACUAAAGAGAGACGUCAGGAACUGAAUGACAUCAUCAGUCGAGGCAGCAUGCGAAAAUGACAGCUCAGGCCAUUUAGAGUAAUAGUCAGUCAGUGUAAUAGCAUACCUACAGGCAGGGGUAGUGGUGUCAAAAGGUCCAACAAUGUCAAGACCAAGUUUCUUCCAUGGCCCAUCAGGCAGUGGGAUGGGUUGAAGAGGGGCAGGAUGAGUGCAGGCAGUUUUAUCAUUUGACUGACAGGGAACACACACAGCAAUGCAGGAUUGAACUUGUGAAUCAAUUUUUGGCCACCAGUAGAGGUCACGUAAGCUUCGUGUGUACAAUCCCUUGGUGACUCUCAUAUGCAAGUGUGAUCAGUGUGUGUCGUAAGGAGAGUGGAGCAAUGAGAUGUGAGCCUCUGAGGAUGUAGUUAUCUUUAACUGAGAGUUCAUGUCUGAUUUUGUAGUAUGGAGCAAGGACAUUACUCACUUGUUUGAUGGUAGGAGGCCAGCCAUUCUGUAUUUGUGACUUCAAGGCAGACAGUUCAGGGCAAGAGGAACAGGGGGAGUCAAAGUCUGCUACAGGGAGGGAGCUCAGUGUAGCUGUGAUCUGUGCUACCAUCUCUGGUUCUGCAUCUUGAAUGGAGUCUGAGGGUGCUUUCACACCUGUUAGUCCGUUAGAGUGGUUCAUUUGGACCCAAAAGUUGUUACAGUGUUGCUAAUUUCAACUGGUUCGGUUCGCAUUCACACCAGUGUUUUCGCAGUUGAACCAACUACAAUGAAUGUUAUAUCUCCCCCCCAGUCGUUAGGCGGCGCUGUUCACAAAAAUAAGGUGUUUUAGAUGACGUGGGUGAACGCUGAUUGGCACAGCAUGUGAAGAGGGAAAAAUCCCGGAAGAAAAUGUAACCCGCAUUUAAUAUACCUGGUGACUUUUAUUUUUGCGGGUCCCCUUCCUGUGUCCCCCAAACACCUGACACCCUAUAUAUCAGGAGUCACGGAGUUCACUUCCUCCUCCUCUGUCUCCGCUGUGGCUGUGGCGUUGUGGCUUGUCUCAUUGCGUUGCAAACAACUGCUGUUUUCUCCUCGAAAACAUUACUUUAGACCUCAACAAUCGAAUCGGGAGCCUCGAAACACAUGCAAAACUCCCCUUACAAACACACACGUUGAGACCGCUUAGCCGCUUCAGACGCUACGCUACAAACAUUCCAUCCUGAAGGUCAGGUUUUUUUAGAGAGACUGAGUCACCUCUACGUCAUUCCAUCAUCUGUGAAACUUUCAAACACCAUCCUUCAUAUGGACUCUGGACAUUCAUCACUGUAACUCCCCCCAAAUCCUCAACCCAUGGCGAGCUAGAACCCAUUCUGGUAGGACUAUCAGUUUUCUUUUUCCCACCAAACUCUUGGAUGGAACCUCAGAUCGAAUUCUGGAUACUCGUGGAUCGUUGUUGCUGUGGACUUUGCAUUGUGUUUACAAAGUAGAUGGCAAUGGACUAUUUAUGUUAAAUUAUUUUGGGCACACUUUGUACUUACAUUGGUUUGUUUUUGGUUAUUUAUUGUGUGUUUUUUUCCCCCUUUUGUCUCAUGUCUGUUUAAAAGAAUCAACCUUCUAAUACAUAUAUCUAAACGCAAAUAUUGACUCUGGUGCAUCAUUCACACCCUGGGCUCCUUAAAGAACAGUCUUCUGUUGCAGCUAAUGUAGCCGUAGUCAACCGCCUAGCCCUAAAGCGUUACAAAAACAACAGGCUGUGUUUAUUCCAUGAAUCGAGGUUUAUUCGUAAAAACAAUGAACUAUGCUCUCCUGUUCGUUCUUGUUGCCAUAUAUUCGUAUCAUUGCUUUAUGCAGCAAGCACAAAUACUGCUGUUGUUCCAGCAUGAAGCUCGCAUUCAGUACGAGAACAUUACACAGUCGUUUUUGGCACAGAGAAGAUGCAUUGCAAGACGUUAUCGGAGAAAGCGGGCGAUGCUCCACAACCUGAACCAACUCGUGUUUCGGAGACAUUUUCGCAAAUCUCUUCGGAGUGUGUGGACCUAUCAAAGACCUGGGAUCUGGUGGCAGUAUGUGAAUAACAACUGGACAGAUGUAGAGUGGAGUGCGAACUUCAGGAUGGGAAGAGGUACUUUCAACAAUCUAUGCAACAUGCUUCGUCCCUGGUUGACCCGUCAAAACACCAAAUACAGACGGGCUGUGCCCGUUGAACUUCGAAUAGGAAUAUGUAUUUGGAGGCUGGCCACCAACCUUGAAUAUAGGUCUAUUUCACAUUUAUUUGGUAUUGGACUUUCCACUUGUUGCCUUAUUACUCAAGAGGUGGUGACUGCUAUCAACUUUAUCCUAAAACCAAAGUACAUUAGGCAACCCACUGCACCAGAACUGAAAGUUAUUGUGCAAGGGUUUAGAGACAAAUGGCGUUUCCCUCAAGUGGCAGGUGCUAUCGAUGGCACGCAUAUCAAAAUACGUGCCCCAACAGAUGACCCUGUCUCCUACUACAACCGGAAAGGAGAGUACUCUAUUAUUAUUCAGGCUGUAGUCGACCACCGCAUGAGGUUUUGGGAUAUUAAUGUGGGUCGUUCAGGUAAAAUACAUGAUGCUCGUGUAUUUGCACUCUCUUCUUUGUACCAAAGAGGCAUGAAUGGAACUUUACUCCCAGACUGGACGGAAAGAUUUGAGGGUGUUGAUGUGCCACUGGUUCUGCUGGGGGACUCUGCAUAUCCACUACUCCCAUGGCUCAUGAAACCUUACCCAGAGGGAGCAGGAGUCACACCAGAACAGAUCAACUUCAAGCUGAGUCAGUCUCGCAUGACAGUUGAGCGUGCGUUUGGGCGCCUUAAAGGACGCUGGUGUUGCCUGCUAAAGGUUUGCGAUGCCCACAUUACAUUUGUCAGUCAGAUUGUCUUGGCGUGUUGUGUUUUACACAACUUUCUUGAAGUACAUCAUGAGGACUGAAAGAAGAGACUGAGGCCGAGGAAGAGAUUGAAGCUGUUCCAGAGGGGAGAGGUGGUGAUAAUCAGCAACAAUCAGACAUUCAAAAUGCCCUGUGUAGAUAUUUUUCAACAUGGUAAAAAGACAAGUCAUUUUUUCAUUUUUGUGCCUUCAUUGUAAGAAUUUAUUAAUCAAUCAACUGGACAAAAAAGUGAAAUGUUAGAGGAUGUUUC